UGGGCAGAAAUAGGUCUGAACCAGCGUGACUUGACAAAAUAAAAGGGAAGGGUAUAAAAGACCAGGCGAGAAUGAUGAGUAAGGACAUUUGGAAUAAAGCCUUAUCAUGGCGGAGGAAGCCGAUCUUCUUUCCAUCGGAAAACAUUGUAGUUUAGCGUCGUGCAAACGACUUGAUUUCUUGCCAUUUCAGUGUUCUCACUGCAAAGAAAUUUUCUGUUUAGAACAUCGAAGCCCAGAAGAGCACAAGUGUUCGAAUUUUAGCUUAUCAGAUGUUCAUGUUCCUGUUUGCCCAAUCUGUAAUCAAAUUGUAAAGAAGUCCCUAAAUGAAGAUGUUAAUCAACAGGUUGAAAGACAUAUCCUCAGUGGCUGUAAGAGCCUUAUUGUGGGAAAACCAAAGAAAAGUAAUAAGUGUUCUUUGAAGACUUGUCGUCAACAUGGACUGAUGCCAUUUGUGUGUCAAGAAUGUAAUAAGAAUCACUGCAUAAGGCAUAGACAUGCUGAAGAUCAUUUUUGCACAGCUCUGAGGGUUCCAAUGGUUUCCUGUGCAUGAGACCAAUGUGUAGAAAAAUGUUAAAUUAUUUAAUAUGAAUACAAAGUUGUUUUGCUUGAGUUUAGUUGUUACAUCAAGGACUCUGUGUUAAGAGGGGUUCAUUUAUAUGAAUAACUACCAGUAGAUUAACUUCAUUUAAUGAGUGCAUCACUUGAACUGAGUAACUAGUGGCCCUCAUUUGUCUUUUUUUUUCUUGGGAAUUCUUUAUUUUCAUAUGCUUCUUGUGAAACUCAGAAAACUGUGAACACCUUCAGGGCAUUUGUGUACUGAACAGUUGUAAUAAAUUUCAGCAGUGCAAGCAAACUUCAAAACCACAAACCAAAUACUGUUGUUGUUUGUAGUAUAGUUUUAUGGUAUCUGAUUAGCCUUUUCCUUGAGUGAGAAGAAUGUUCCACACAGAUUUCUUUGGUGUUGAUAGUUUUCAGCAUGAUACUGUAAUGUGGAAAAUUUUUAUUAGCCAAGGAACAUCACAUGAAAGUUUAUUCUUUAUAAAUAAAUUGUUCUAAUCUA